AUGGUAUGUCAAUGACGUCUACUUGCUUGCUUUUGCUUGACGUUUUGCAGCGGGAAUGUAGAAAGAAAUCUAGUUUGUUGAUUAAAAGUGAUUGUAAGUGUUCGAUACGCGGCCUUAUAAAUAAAAAUCUGCUAUCACGAUGCCGCCGAGUAGCUUACGAGUGGUCUACGCGUUCGCAAGGGAAAUGCAUCCGAAAACUACCGAUGUCUUUAUCGAGUAUGGCACGGCCGGAUUCCGCACAAAAGCCAGUCUGCUAGAGCAUGUGGUGUACCGCAUGGGUUUGCUCGCGGUCAUCCGGUCAAGGGUCAAAAAUGGUCGCACAAUAGGCAUAAUGAUCACAGCCUCCCAUAACCUGGAGCCGGACAAUGGAGUCAAACUGAUCGACCCUGAGGGGGAAAUGCUGGAACAGAGCUGGGAGGAGAUUGCCACCAGACUGGCCAAUGUUAGUGACAAUGACUUGGAAGCAACGACGGUGGAGGUGAUCAAGCAGGUGAACGCCGAUAUGGGACUCAAAGCCAGCGUCUUCAUCGGAAUGGAUACCAGAUACACAAGCCCUCGGCUAGCAGCGGCCGCAGUACACGGAGUAAUGGCGCUGAAAGGCACCGCGAAAGAGUUCGGCAUCGUGACCACUCCUAUCCUGCAUUACUGCGUUCGAUGCCGAAACGACAACACUUACGGCACUCCCACUGAAGAAGGUUACUACGAAAAAAUAGUAGGCGCUUUCAAGAACAUACGAGCAAAAUUACCUGUUCACGGAUCUUAUAACACUACUCUAUACGUUGACGGCGCAAACGGUGUGGGAGGGAAGAAACUGAACAUUAUCAGGAAGAGUUUGGACGGGGAAUUGGACCUGGUGCUGUAUAAUUUGGGGGGGAAUGGGGGGAAAUUAAAUUUGAAUUGCGGCGCAGACUUCGUGAAAGUGUCGCAAACGCCGCCCGUAGGCGUCGAACACGCGCCGUUCCAACGCGUCGCGUCACUGGACGGCGACGGCGACCGGCUUGUCUACUACUACCUCGACGACAAGUGUAACAAAAUGCAUCUCCUGGACGGCGAUAAGAUCGCAACACUAUUAGCGAGCUACGUCACAGAACUUCUCAAGGCGUGCGAAGCGACUGACUUGAAACUCGGUCUGGUGCAGACCGCGUACGCCAACGGAGCGUCCACCAAAUACAUCACCGAAGAUCUGAAAGUACCAGUGUCGUGCGUGAAGACAGGCGUGAAGCAUCUCCACCACGCGGCGCAGUCAUACGACAUCGGAGUUUACUUUGAGGCCAACGGACACGGCACUGUUCUAUACAGCGAUAAGGCUAAGACUACGAUACGACGCAUCGCUCAAGAAGGUGAACCAGAACAACGGAAAGCAGCUCAACUACUCUUAAACUUCAUUGACAUGACCAACGAGACGGUCGGUGACGCCAUUUCUGACCUCUUCCUUGUAGAAACAGUCCUCUGCGCAAGGGGGCAGAACGUCAAAGAAUGGAUGGAAGCUUAUACGGACCUCCCGUGUCGGCAACUGAAGGUCACAGUGCAGGACCGCAACGCGAUAUCAACAGCGGACGCGGAGCGGCGCUGCACGGCGCCCGAAGGCCUCCAGAGCCGGAUCGAUGAACUGGUGGCUGCCUACAAGAGUGGGAGGUCCUUCGUGCGACCUUCCGGUACUGAGGACGUCGUCCGGGUGUAUGCUGAGGCGGAUACACAAGAGAACGCAGAUAAAUUAGCGGCACAAGUGUCACAGGCAGUGUUCGACCUGGCUGGCGGCGUGGGCGACCGGCCGCUCGCUUAAACUGACAAACAUACACUCCAUACAUAGGCAGCUUCUACCGACUUCAACCCCAGGGAUCUACAUUUGCCGGUAUCGUCUUGGGUCGUCCCAUUCGUUUUUCGUCAAGUUCUUAAAUUAGUCCUAUUCUGCUUUCGUCACCCAUUCUACAUUAGUCUCAAUCGUCGGUGGCUUUCAAUGUAGAAUGAGUGACGAAAGCAGAAUAGGACUAAUUUAAGAACUUGACGAAAAACGAAUGGGACGACUCAAGACGAUACCCAUUUGCCAGCGAAAAAACGACCUUGAGGUUUUAAAUAUAGAAUUGAAUUUUGAUUGGCAUUUUUAACGCGUUGUCGCGUCCGUGGGGAUCACAAGGUUAAAAUUGAAGUCUCCCACUGCUUUGAUAGAUCCCGGGAGUAAUAGGCAUUUUUUUUUUAUUUAGCUCCGCAUGCAAGUCGGGUAUCUUAGACAUUGUACAGGGCUUUUAUUGGAUGUAAUAAAUUGAGGAGUUAUUUACUAGUAAAAAAUAUGAAGAGCAUACAAAUAUUUCGUCUUUCUGUUAAAUUACAAUAGCUGAGGAUAAAAAAAUACGAUCUAAUCCAGUGGUUCUCAACCGCUGGGCCGAAGCCUGAAGUGGCUUGGUGACUUUAUAUACAGUAACACCUUUUGUUGGUGUUAUUGCUUGGUAGUCCCUGGCAAUAUUUUUCCUUCGAUUGGUCCCUUAUGAGGACUGAAAAGUUAAGAACUACUGAUCAGUAGAGUUAGACCAAGCUAAGGUGUUGUUGGUAGCGAUUUUGAUAGUCCAGACUGUGCAAGUGUUAUUUUAAACGUCAAACUUCUACGACGUUUAAAAUAACACUUGCACCAGUAUGGGCUAUCGAAAUCGCUGGCGACUUAGGUUAGUCUCACUCAAGUAGGUAAUGUAUGCUUUGUGAUGCCCUAUUGUGACAUAAUAGAGUGAUAAUUGCUGAGUUUAAAUACAAUAAAUUAAUAACCCGUAAUAUUGAUAUGAAACUAGUGUCAUUCUAUGGAACUUACUAUGUAAACUAACCGCCAUAUUGGAAUUGUCUCUGAAUGAUGAAUUUACUAGUGACUUUUGUUUACAUAGCUAGCAAGUUCCACAGAAUUACACUUUAUGUAGAUUUGCAGAAGAUAUAUUAUGUCAUCAUACAUAUAAUUGUGAGAGAAAUAUAUUUACUUUUACAAGAAUAGAAAGAAAAUGUAUAUGUACUAAAUAUUGAAAGACAGAUAUUUCUGCUCAGUAAUCUAGCGGUAAGGAAAGAAAUAAGGAAAGAAGUCAUGUAAUGGCUUGUAUCGUGACAAAUAUGCUAAGUAUUAAGUGUAUGGAAUGAUAAAUAAUUAUAUUACAGGAUACUUUAAUUUUAGAAGUGACAUCUACGCUCAAAUGGCUUCUUGUUCUUAAGCCAGUUGAGGGUAGAUGAAAACAUUACAUGAUCAAAUAAUGUAGUUUAUAGUCAGGUCGUUCAGUGACAGAUCCAGGUGGUUUUGUAUUUGGUUGGUUAAUCAAUAAAUGUUAAAACUACCCGAAAAUGUACAAAUUAUUUGUUCACUUUUAUUUAAAUACCUAAAGAUACAGAGUAUAGAUAGACACCCAUUUUGUGAUUGGGGGUGCAAUUUUUAAAAAUGGAGAUUAGCAGUCUUAAUUUUGUCUUUUUUACAGAUUAAUCACAAUUCAAAGCCUGACCAGUAAUAUAUGAUCAUUGUCAAGAGGGCGCUUUUAUUCUCAUGUAUAGGGUGACAGUUCAGUUAUAUGGGGCUAUUCAUAAAUUACGUCAUUUCAAAUUAGGGGGGGGGGGGGUCUGGAUAUCGGAUGAUGGUAGCAUGACUUAGGAGGAAACGGACACCCAUUUUGUGAUUCGGGGUGCAAUUUUUAAAAAUGGAGAUUAGCAGUCUUAAUUUUGUCUUUUUAACAGAUUAAUCACAAUUCAAAGCCUGACCAGUAAUAUAUGAUCAUUGUCAAGAGGGCGCUUUUAUUCUCAUGUAUAGGGUGACAGUUCAGUUAUUUUUGUAUGAUUUUAGGGGGGGGGGGGUCAAAAAUCGAUGACGUAAUUUAUGGACAGCUUAAUAUUUUUGUAGUGACGAACCACUUAUGUAAUCAAUUUUAUUAACACAGACCCACUUCAUAGUAGAAAUUACCUUUUUUAUUGCAUGUAUAAUAUAUUUUUGUAAUCUAAAGAGCUAAUUUGACAGUUCUUAUCGAAAUAAAAGCGAUAGGGAUCGUGCGCGUUGGAGGGUCUGCCAUCUUGUGGCUUGAAUCGGAAUCAUAUGUGCACAUGUACAUUGCCAAAGCAAGUGCUACCAUCUACCGUUCUCGUCGGUGCGUUUCCUUGUGCAUAGUAGGUUCUGCCAUCUUGUGGGCUACAUCGGAAGCAGAAACGACACAUUUACGCCUCGCCCCAAAAAUCUGACGGCUCCUUUGCUGCCCCCUAUAGUUCAUGCACGGGGGGGGGGGGGGGGGUUAUAUCUUUAAAACUUUUAAUGAUUGUUAGGACUCCGUGUAAAUUGUCAAAAUCGUUUUAGACUUUUUAGAGAUAUAAUCACAAUACUGUAAUCACUGCCUUUAUCUAGUUAUCUAUAAGAGGACACUUCAUUGUGGUUCGAAUUUAAGGAAAAGUCUAAUAGCGCAGUGCUGCCUGAAUUUCGUAGGUAGAUAUUAUCACUGUUUUUGUUAAAAAUAAUUAGGUAAUCUAUUUGGGUUGUAGAACAUAAUUAGAAAAUACAGUUUUAGCGCUUCUAAAGCAGUGUAGAAAAUUUGUGAAAAAAAUAUAUGUCAAAAUAUGCCUCUGACUCUGAGAUUGUUUAAUGCAGGGUACAUUAAGGAAAUAAAAACCUAUUGUAUCCUUAGAGGAUAUAACCAACGGAGACGCCAUAUCUAUAAUUUUCGGUACAAAAUAGUCUGCCGUUUUUUGCGGGGGAGGGGCACAUCAAAUGUAUAGGAACGUCAUGUCAGAUAAACGUCAGUCCAUACAUGUGUUUGACAUAUGAUUGACCAUUGGCCGCCUUUUUUCGACAGAGGGGAACGCCUGUUAAUGACAUGAAUGACCGUUGGUUAUAUUCUCUAAGAUUGUAUCAUUUUGGUUAAUUUUUAUUGACACAUUGAAGUGCCAUGGCAAUUAUGGAAACUUUAUAUUUUAAUAAAUAAGUUAUAAUACGACGCAUAAUACAUUUUUGACGAUCUGUAAUUUUGUAUGUUUACUUAUUUAGUCAGUAUUUUUAUAAUUUAUAAAUAUGUAUCAUAAUAUUAUGAUAUGUGGUUGUAUACAUUUGAGAUUAAGGACCAACUUUCAUUUAAAAUAUUUUUAAAGUACACAAUUCUAUUCUUUAUAUAUGUAAUAAAUGGGGCGACUUGAGAUCAAAAAAUGUAGAAAUUGUUAACUGACAAAAAAAUUCAAGUGACCCCUCAUUACAUAUUAAAUAUAAUUUUUAUAGUCAAACUAUUUUUUAGAGCCUGAUUUGAUAGCUAAAGAAACGUUCUGAGCUUAAAUAAUAAAUACAUUAGCAUUACUUAUACCUUGGUUUAUCAAAUCACGGACUAUUUCCUUAUUUAAAUUGUGCGCCACAAAACAAAAACGAGUAAUGAAUCUAAACCGUCAGUGGACCAUUUGUGACGUUCCACAGUGCCGCAAUAAUAUUGGAGCGGAGUUAAUAAAAGCGUAAGCGCCAACCGCCAUAAGGUACCUUGACCCGUGGGACGUCACAUUUUGUUGUAGUUAUGUCUGUAAUUUAAAACUACACCUAGUUGUUCGUCAUAUUAUGUAUGAAUCCUGGAUUUGAAUGAAAGCUUUAUCGCUGUAAAAAGUACGUAUUGUAUUUUAUUUUGUGAUAUAGGUAUUACGUGAUUCCAAAUUGCAUUUUGAGUCAACGAAUCAUUUGUGUCAUUGAGCGUAUUUCGAAAUACUCAGUCUUUUAAGUCUUAAAUUUUAACUGUGUACUCUUAAGCUCCAUGCUGGUUAUAAGACGUUGAAAAUGAACUACGGUGGAGGGUACGCCCUAUAUUAGUGUCAUGAAAAGGGCAUUAGAAUUGAUGAUCUUAAAAGUUUUAGGCUCCGAAAAACUUUGGGUCGUUAAUUUUUUUUUGUCCUAAAAUUCCUAAAAACAAACAUAGCUACAUAGUUUGAAGACAAAACUACUUUCUUUGCUGUACUCUAAUAAUAUUUUCGCACUAAGUAUGUAUAUCUUACAAAACAAAUCUUUCCUUAUCAUAGCUAUCAUUGAUAAAUAUUACGUGAUCUAAUGUACAUCUUCAUGGGAAAAACCUCGAACUUAUCUUAGAAUUGAUAUUGAUGUAUCUAAAUCUUUAUUUAGAAGUACCUACGAGUAGAUACAUAUUUGACUGAAAAUUUAACGAUAACUACGAGUAUCAUUCAAAAUUAUUAAUACAAUACAAAAGUCUUGAGAGUAUACAUAUUGUAAUGUCCCUGGAAUUGCAGGCGUCCUUAGGCUACGCUGACCACUUACGGCACUUACCACCAGGCAAACCAUUUGCUUGAUGACGUGGUAUUAAAAAACGACACUAAAAUUUAUUUUUAGUGUUCCGUACAAAACUUUGUUCACGGAACACUUAUGGGAUCACUUCGGUCUUGCAAAUCAGUUAUUUUUAUUCAUGUAAUUUCUAAUUUUCUAUAUGUAAAUUGUAAAUUUCUAAAUCAAACUGAUGAAAAUGACGCCGGGAUAGUUUAUUUAUAAAAAAAUUCCUAGGUCCUGGCGCUCCUUGUAAUUAUGUUUUUAGUCAAAUAUCGUCAAGCAUUGUAAUGUUAAUAAAAUCAAUUAAAAAGUACCUUUAUUGGAGUUCCAACUUAAAAGUAGUACAAAUUAUUGGUUAAAUCAUAUUAUCAUUGUUCUUAGGUGCUCUAAAAUAUGCCUUAGACACAAAAAUGGUCAAUCAUAAAUUAAUUUAAAAUUACGAUUAGCGAUCCACUUAAUAUUUGGUUACAUUUUUAACAAAUAAAUAUAUUUUACUAUCAAAACAAAUUGUAUAUUUACAUUCGCUUAUACUUCUGCUUAUUAAUUCUAUAGUAGAUCUUUAAUUCGUGUGUGCAAUCGUGUGUUCGUAAAGGGGCCCACUGAUUAACAGUCCAUCGGACGGUAUAUCGGCCUGUCAGUUCUUCGGAACUAUCAAAAUGUUGUUCUAACGCCGACCACUGACUAACAGGCCGCCGGACGAUAUCGGCCUGUCAGUUAGAACAAAAAUUUGACAGCUCCGAACAACUGACCGGCCGAUACCGUCCGGCGGACUGUUAGUCAGUGGUCGGCUUAACUGACAGGCCGAUACGUCCGGCGGACUGUUAAUCAGUGGGCCCCUGUAGAGUCGUUUGGAGCGAGGUCCUCAUGAAUGUGUGUGUAGAAAAAUAUAAUUUUAGUUCUUCUAGAGUUUUGAAGUAGGUAUCUAAAGCCUACAUUUUUGAUGCAUUAUUAACAUAUAUGAUUCCUAGUAUCAAAAGUGGCUUAACAAGGCUUAACGUAGUCCAGGCAAAAUAAAAAAGUCAGUUGGUUUUAAACAUAUUCGCCUUUAUAAUAUAUAAAGUACUGACCGAAUUAUUAUUAGAAAUAGGCUACCGGCUUAAUAAAUAUGGCGAAUCAUUUUAGAAUUCCUUCAAUAUGUUUAUCUAAUUUUCAAUAACAAGUUAGUUUUGAGGAACUAACUUAGUUUUUCGUAAAAUCUGUUUGGUAGUGCAAUAAAAUUUGUGUAAUAUUAUGGAAUACAAUAAUUGGAGACUGUUUGUUGUCUUGCUCCUUGCGAUUGUUUACUUUAUUAUUAUGCUACUGUUAUUUUUUAAUAAAUCAACAAUUACUA